GCAUUAUAUAAGAUGGAGGCUAAUAGAAGAAGUUAACAAGUCUCAACCAACCGCUAUGCGAAUGUACCAAACACAAUUGUGCCAAACAACAGCAUAGGCUUCCGUCACCAUCAUGUGGCAGCGACAACGACCACCUCGCUAUGAAGACUUCGAAAUUGCCAUCGUCUGCACGGAUUCAUUGUACUUUGAAGCAGUCACUGACUCGUUUGAUGAAUUCUUGCAUCUAGAUGGGGAUGCAGAUGGAGCAGCCCAAGACGAUAUGGUUAUCAAGCCUGGCCGCAUUGGCGAGCAUAAUGUUGUAUUAGCUCUCUUAAAUCACGUUGGCAAGGCGGGUGAAGUCCCCGAGGCCGACAUCUGGUCCAAAUGUACAGCGCUUAAGCUAGCCAUCCUCACAGGAAGUUGUGGCGGCGUGCCGUUUAUUAAUAAUGGCCAAGACGAGGUGUUCCUAGGAGACGUGAUAAUUGACGACCUGCCUUUCCACUACAAUAUUAUCGAUAAUGAGGCUUUGCUUGAAAUCAGGCAGAGUCGAAGGGGUCCAAAGCAACUCAUCGAAAAUUUUCGCAACUUCUCUAUGAUAUAUCGAACACAAGGCGGUCGAGAUGAUCUUCAAGAAAUAACUUAUGAUUAUCUCUCCGGCUCCCCAAAAAGGGAUAUGAAGCCUAAGGGCGAGAAUUUAUAUCCCAGAUCAAUUGAGGACAAGCUGUUCGAUCCAAGCUAUCGUCAUAAGCAUCGCGGUCCAGCGACAUGCAUUUGCAGCAAUUGCCAUGGAACAAAUGAUCCCGUAUGCGAGGAAGCCCUCGAUGCGUCGUGCCAUGACUUGGGAUGCGAUGACAAUUGCACAAUAGUGAGAAAAAGAAAGCAAGCUAUGGGGAAAAGGGGGCAUAAGCCGGCUAUUCAUUUUGGUAGUAUUGCGUCGAUUGAUACAGCAAUGAAGUCGGGAGAGGAUCGCGACAGAUUCUCCAAAGCAAAACGCGUUAUAGCAUUUGAGACGGAAGGAGUUUGGAGGUGGGAGCGCUUGCUAUGCAUUAUGGUCAAAGGUGUGCGCGAUUAUGCCGACGGUCAUAUAAACAAUGGUCGUGACCAGCGCGGAUUUGCAGCGGCAACAGCAGCAUCUGCAAUAAAGGCGCUUCUAGAGAGUUACCGCCGGACGAUACCGAGGGAGAAUUUCCUGGUUCCGAUUCAACGGAACCCGAACUUUACUGGCAGAGAAGAUGUAUUAAGGGAGCUUCUGGCAAAGAUACAUCCCGAUGCAAACACGGAUGGAUGGUAUAGAGGCGCUAUUACAGGCCAAGAGGGUAUCGGCAAGACUCAGAUUGCGCUGGAAGCUGUCCAUCGUCUGCAUGAAGACCACCCAGACUGCUUCAUCUUUUGGGUGUCAGCUAAAGACGCAAUAACUUUUGAGAAUGACUACUACGAAAUUGGCAAACAAAUCAAGAUUGAAGGAAUCGAUAAGGAUGAGGCUGAUGUUAAGCAGCUUGUUAAGAGUGCUUUAAGCGAAGAAAAAUGCGGUCUCUGGGUCUUGGUCAUCGAUGGUGCAGAUGAUUUAGAGUUGCUUGGGCUGUCAUCCUAUCUGCCAUUCAGUCGAAAUGGCUUCGUUUUAUUUACAGUACGGACUCUUGAGGCACUAGGGCUGCAUAUCUCAGAACAGUACGUCUUUCCUCUAAAUGUGGCGAACAGGAGAGGUGCACUCAGCCUCAGCGGAGCUAUCGAAGAAAGCAAGUCUCGCUUCAGGUAUACAAGGCAUACAAAGAGUCCAAAUCCUUAUCUAGGGAAGCCGACAUCGAGUUACGAAAAAGGCAGUGAUUGGAGGAAAGCCGAAGAGCGAGACGUCGGCUCGAUGAAGGUACAACCUGGAAAGUGGUCGAGUCCCGUUGUGCCAGUUGUCGAUGACAACAGAUCACAAAGCUCCAACGGCAACACAAAUGAAGGAAUCAUCAUGUUAUUUUUAGCCGAACAGCCGCGAUUCAAAGCACUGUGCAAGAAGGCUUUGGGUGAAAUGGAUAGGGAUGAUUUCGUUGAGAUCAUGAGCCGAUUACUCACAUUAUUUCACAUAUGGUUGGUAGAAGAAGCCAAGUCUGAAGCGGAAAAGGCUGUCGCCGGGUUACUACAGAGUAAGAGAGACAGACAACGAAUUAGCGAACAGCUUGCAGCAUAUAUUGAUUUGAGCCCUGAAGAAGUUCUAGAUAUCGACCAGCGGGCCUUGCCCUGCAGCUUUUCAUUCUUCUCCGAACUGCAAAGAUUUCUGUUAGCAUCCAAGGCGUUUCAAAGUCUUCAAGUGCAGUUCGCGUUGAUGUUUCUGAGCGCUGAAUUGGGGGACGUGCUCCAAUCAAUACCAAAAGAGAAUAUCUGGCUAUCUCAAGAACAAGACGUCUCAAUCUCGAACCAAUUCAAGACCUUGGUGGAGAAUACCACCAAGGUGAAAUGGAACUGGUGGCCCUUGAGCCAACGGAAGCGAGUACUUAACCUUGGAGAGUCGAGAUUAUUUUGGCAAUGUACAUGUGGUGUAGAGCGGUGGGAGGAAAUAUCUCGCGAACAACGCGAACUUGUUAAAACAAUACUCGAGUGGUCAGAUAACCAUCCCUCGUUGACAUCUCGAUGCGGUGUGAGAAAGGCACAAGCAACGCCAUUUUCUUCUAUUAGAGGCAUUUUGCAAUAUGCAGGCGAACAAGUUACCCGGCCAUCACGAGCAGCUACCAGAUACACUCCACAAGAAACCAGCUCUUUGACACCGCUUGAGAGCGUGCAGCUACAACCACUCGCAGGGGCGGUUCCCCCUCAACAGCAACAAGGCCCGACAAUUGGCCAGCAGGCCCAAGUGACUAUUCCGGAUCCUAAUAAUAGUCUUCAAUGGUGGAUAUUAUUUGGCGUUAGAGGAGCGCGGCGAACGCUGGUGCCAACCCAAAUUCAUGUCACAAACCAGACGACAGACAGUCACAUCUUUCAAGAGCUAAAGAGAUGCUAUAUGAUCUAUAGAGGAAGGCUAAGACUAUGGCUCUCAGUCUGGCGCUUAGAUUACUGCGAGGUGGUCAAGUUUAGUAGACUUACCCCUGACCGAAUGGUUCGAGAGUACAGAGAGCUUCCAUCUGACAAAGACUACCACUAUGACCCUCGAGCCGGUGAACGAGAUGUCAGAAACCCUCCUAUUUCGCCUCACCACUUCCAAACUCUCUUUUACGCCUGCCAGUCGCCAUGUACUUGGCCCUUUCCUCAUGAUUGCAUACCCCUGGUUGCAAACACGGUGAAUCUAGCCCGAAUUCCGAAACGGACAAGAGAAUUCGAGAAAGAUCAGGGCUCACCUAUUUGGGGGUUUGAAACUGUCUUUGCUGUUUCAUUUAGCUACGUGCUUGCCUACCAUCUUGUUAUGGUCGCAGGACCAUUCAUAUUUUGGGGACUCUGGAUGAAAUUCCAUACCGAUGACCUCCAGAAUGCUUCUGUACCUAUAACCGUCGUUAUAGGUGCCCUGUCGUUGUUUUGGAGCGGAGCUGGAAUACUGACAAGCCGAGAAAGGGAGUGAAACUUGCGCUUAUUUGAUGAAAUGAUGAUACAUAGACAUAGUGAUACAUGUAUGCAGUUAGAAUGAGCGAGAGAUGAUGAACGCCGUUGCUGUUUCAAGCUUCAUGAGAUGUUCACUCUCUAGGAUUACUAAGCUCCCGAUAUUGGAAUGCUUGAACGUCAAGAGAUGCCUCCAGAGCUGUAAUAAAGAUGGCGGGGUAUUAUGGACGGCUAAUAGCUCUGCCCUCAGCUUGUUAUUGGUAUAAAAAUAAAGCC